AUGCCCCGCUACCGCUCCCCCUCAUACUCACGCUCGCCCUCCCCCGCCUCCUCCUACCUCUCCCGCUCCCGUUCUCGCAGCCGCUCACGCUCGCGCUCCAUCUCGCGCUCUCGCUCCCGCGCCCGCUCUCGCUCCGUCUCCUCCAGCCCCGGCGCCGGCAGCAGGACCGGCAGCCUGACCACGGCCGAGAAGCAGGACUCGGCCAUCAAGACGUCGCUGGUCUUCCUGGGCUCCAUCGCCGCCGCCACCUUCGCCGCGCACAAGUGGUGGCCCAAGGGCGUCACCUACGGCGAGAAGGAGGCGUGGGAGCACGAGGAGAUCAAGAAGAUCAAGCGCGCCAAGCAGUCUCUGCAGGACGAGCGCCGCAGCGCCCGGAGGGACGCCACCGAGCCGUCUGCGCCCCGCGGCGGCCGCGGCGGCGGCAGCGGCCCCCCCGGCGAGAGGAGGAGGUAUGCCGAGGGCAGGAGGGCUGGUCCUGGGCCCGGGGUUGCGAUCGCGGCCGGCGCCGGCGCUGGUGUAGCUGCUGGGCCGUACUACUAUGAGCGGGAACGCAGGGAGCGAGACUUGGACAGGAGCAGAGAGGCAGACAUGUACCGCGAGCGCGACAUGCGGGACCGCUACCGAGACGGGGACCGGGACCGGGACCGGGACCGCUUCAGCGAUCGCUCGAGCCAGACCUCCCUCAGCCGUGACAGAGGCCCCGUCGUCGUCGCGCCCGGCGCGGUCGUCGAGCGCCGCACCAGCAGGCGCGAGACCAACUACUACCCGCCCGCACCCCAGCGCUACGCCACCGUCGAGUCGGCGCCUCCUUGUCCUCCCGCUGGCGUGAGCAUUGCCCGGAGCAGCUCAGCGUCGCGGAGGCCGAACCGCUAUUACUAUGAGGAAGAAGAGCGCCAGAAGGAGUUCGUUCUGCGGGACGCUGAACCGUGGCAGGCCAGGAGGGCGUCGGCUGAUGCAUAUGGGGGCAGUGAUUUUGAUAAUCGACAGUCGAGAGGACGCGUAUGGAUCACAUGA